UCAUGAUUUGUAAAUUACAAGUGCAAGUGGACUGAUCGGUAUGGACGUGAGCCUGUUUCAAUAAAAUCCGUUAAAAAAGAUACGAGGUACAAAGUGGACAAAAUCCAAAUCUUGAAGGACUAAACAUAAUUACCUGGAUUCUUUUACCAACAAGGAUCCGCCGAUCGGAACCAGUUGGAAGCGAUUCAAGAACGCAGCCUUCGUCUUCCGCUUCAGUUCACUUUGAAAAUUCAGUUCGAUCUGCCGCUACUUUACAUAUCAUAGGAAUUAAUUUCCAAGUACUCCUAUUUUAUGAUCAAUAAUCGAAGAUGAGUGGACUAUACGAUGGAUGGAAUGAAAUUCUAAAGAUUCAGAAGUUCCGGAGAACGGUGGGAUACACUAUUUUCUUUUCUUUCUCGGCGCUCAUUAGCUAUGCCUACAACUCCAACACGACAAGAGCUGGAUUCUCAAGAGGUGAUCAGUUUUAUGCAUCUUAUCCUGCAGGGAGUGAGCUUUUGACUGAUACUACUAAGUUAUAUAAAUCUGCACUUGGGAAUUGCUUCGAAGAGGAAGAAUGGGGCCCGAUUGAAUGGUCUGUAAUGGCCAAGCAUUUUGAACGUCAAGGGAAAUCACCAUAUGCGUAUCACGCUCAAUAUCAGGCUCACCUUGCUUCUAAUGGAAAUCUUGAUGGAAGUGGCUAGAAUGUAGCAUCCAGCAGGAGUAGGAGUCACAUGUAUUCAUGGAGCAUUUGCAAUUUCAUUAAUACUAAAUAUUAAAGAAGCCUGAUACUUAUGAGCUUAUGAUGAAUUGUAAUACAUCAAUGGUGUAACAUUGUGAUCUAGGUGAAUGAGUUUUUAUUGUUGCUUUUGGCCA